AUGUGUGAGACCCAGUAUUGGAUCCCCCGUAUUGGUGGCCUCAGCAGCAGCCGCCGGCCUGAGAACCCUGGAAACAAGUGGCCGGGAAGGGCGAUUGCAGCUGAAAAGUGGUUGGGGAAGCUCCACGACUGGCCAAUUGAGUUUCCGGGCUGCCGCGGUCAGGCUAUGCGGACCAUGCAGACGGUCGAUAGCGGGCAUUUGGGCCGUGGGCGAAACGACGAUCUUCAAGAUUCUCCUCUCUGCGCCCCCAGAGCCGCCAAUCUGGAUUUUGAAGCUCGUGUCCCCGUCCCCUUUAGCGUCUUUCCCUCCACCUACAAGGAGAGUGAGACACAAACCCAGACCCAAACAGUCACUCAGACACAUCAAGAGCUUGAGAUCAAACUUCCUGAGAAGAAGCCCAACAAGCCCGGACGGGAGGAAAGUCAAUACUCUUCCUUCACCACCAUCGCCGAGUCGAAGCCGCAGCCGCCGCAGCCGCAAAAGCCGCAGCAGCAGCAGCCUCUUCCCCCUCGGAAAGAGCACCGCUACGAAGAAGAGGUCCGCAUCGAAGAACACUACCACCGUCCCGGUGUCCACUACGAGUCCCACAACUACCGUGAGGAGUACCGCCCUGCCCCUCCCGCUCCUGCUCCUGCUCCCUCUCAAUACACCACUCAGCAAGAGUUCCACGACACUCGCAUCCACCACCACGACACUCGCGUUGAGAUCGACACCCGUCACCACGAGCACCUGGUAAACCCGAUUGAUAAAAUCGAACGCCAGUACCGUCAACGCUUCCAGCCUACCUACCACAAGGAGGAAGUCACCGUCGAGACCUACCCGGCUCCUCACCACCACCACCACCACCACUCUCACUCCGACCACCACUCGGAUCACCACUCCCACCACCAGCACUCCCACGUCGACGAGUACACCGUCGAGUCUGAGCGCCCCCGUCCUCAGCAGUACAAGGAAACCAUCACGGUUACCGAAGAGACCAUCGAGCCUACUCACGUCUCCAAGCCCCAACACAAGUCUUCCAAGAUGGGUUACUACGACGAGGAUGUCUCCGAGGUUCGCGCCGCUUCCGCCCCCCGCCGCCAGUCUUCCGGCUCUGGCUCCGGUGCCCCUCGCAUUCCCAACACCGUCACCAUCCCCUGCCACCACAUCCGCCUCGGCGACUUCUUGAUGCUCCAGGGCCGUCCCUGCCAGGUCAUCAAGAUCUCCACCUCCGCCGCCACCGGCCAGUACCGCUACCUCGGUGUCGACCUCUUCACCAAGCAGCUCCACGAGGAGUCCUCCUUCAUCGCCAACCCCGCCCCCAGCGUCGUUGUCCAGACCAUGCUCGGCCCCGUCUUCAAGCAGUACCGCGUCCUCGACCUCUCCGAUGGUCACGUCACUGCCAUGACCGAGACCGGCGACGUCAAGCAGGGCCUGCCCGUCAUUGACCAGUCCGACCUCUGGUCCCGCCUCAACAACGCCUUCGAGUCCGGCCGUGGCUCCGUCCGCGUCCUUGUCCUCAACGAUGCUGGCCGUGAGCUCGCCGUCGACGUCAAGGUCAUCCACGGCUCCCGUCUGUAA